AUGUCUCAGAAAAAUCCUCGUAGUCAAAGAUCAACCAUAGUAAUAAAACUUGGUACAUCAUCAAUAUGUGAAGAAGAAACGAAUUUACCAUUAUUAUCAAAUCUUUCGCUGAUGGUUGAGACCGUAAUAAAACUUCGUGGUUUAGGACAUAGAGUGGUUUUAGUUACUAGUGGUGCGAUUGGAGCUUUGGCAGCUGUUGGUCAAGGAAGAUUGAUGAGAAUGUAUGAUGAUUUAUUUAGUCAAUUAAAUCAACCAAUUGCUCAAAUUCUCUUGACUAGACAUGAUUUAGCCGAUCGUACUCAAUAUCUUAAUGCAGUUAAUACUUUCUCUGAAUUAUUAGCUAUGGGCGUAGUUCCUAUUGUUAAUGAGAAUGAUACUGUUUCUGAAAUCAAAUUUGGAGACAAUGACACACUUUCUGCCAUUACAGCUAAAAUGGUUAACGCGGAUUACUUAUUUUUAAUGACGGAUGUGGAUUGUUUAUAUACUGAUAAUCCACGAACCAAUCCUAAUGCCAAACCUAUUGAAGUUGUUGAAGAUAUUGGUGCUUUGAAAAAUCAAGUGAUAGUUUCGUCGCCUGGAAGUUUAUUGGGUACAGGUGGAAUGGUUACAAAACUUAUUGCGGCAGAUCUUGCAACAGCUGCCGGAAUUACCACAAUAAUAUGCCUUGAUCGAAAAUGGUGGAUAUUACAUGGGUUACAUACGGCAGGUAUCAUAUAUAUUGAUGAGGGAGCGGUACGAGCGAUAACAAAAGUUAGACAAAAAAGUAGUUUAUUCGCAGCUGGAAUAAUUAAGGUCGAAGGAAAUUUUGUAGCUCAACAAGCAGUUGAAAUAGUUUUUGAGAAAAUCAAAAAAGAAAGUGAUAAUGAUAAUAUUGAAAAUAGAGUAGAAUUAAUAUCUGUCGGUAAAGGGUUAGUUAAUUAUUCAUCAACGGAAAUUUCCAGAAUUAAGGGAUGUAAAAGUUUGGAUAUUGAAAAAAUAUUGGGGUACGCUGAUUCCGAGUGUGUAAUACAUAGAGAUAAUUUGGCUAUUACUUUUGAGAAUAAUUUAUAA